AUGGAAGCCGAGCGGGAAGCUGGAGUAGAUAGGAUGAAAGAUCAUUAUAACAGAACAACUGACAGCAACAGGGACAGGCAAGCACAUCACGCACCAUGUGCACCCAUAACAUCUUGCUGUAUUGCGGGUGCGGCUGCUAUCACAGCCACGGGGUCACCCGCUGUUCCACGGCAGCGCUCCAGGGCCGGAACUGCGACCGCCGGCUCUGGGCCAGCACCUUCGCCGGGUAUAGCAACGGUUGGUGCGAGCAGUGCCUACUGCCGACGCCGCCGGAUACCCCGCCUGCGUAGGAUUGUAGGGUAG